AGGAAAAGUACGACGAGUUUGAGCUAAUGCUGAACGAGGCGUGCGCUCAACGGUUGGCACAGAAGAAUGGGCCCCAGAAUCAGAUCCGUCGGUCGCGCCGGGAGUUGGACCGCCUCUGCAAGAAGACCAGCUUCAAGAAGGAAGAGGUGAAGCUCUUGUACUGGGGCUACAAGUGCGCGACAGCCAUGUCCGACGGCAUACUCAACGAAUCCAUCUUUAAGGACAUCUACUCCCAGUUCUUCCCUCAAGCGGGUGAUGCCAGUCUGUACGCACACUAUGUGUUUAAUGCCAUGUUCUCGGAGGCUCUCAAGAAAAAUAACGGACAAAUCACUUUCUCGGACUAUGCCUGCGCCCUAUCAUUGCUAUGCCGGGGCACCAUCAUCGAUAAAAUACAAUGGAUUUUCACGUUAUAUGAUAUAAACAAAGAC